ACUACAAAACUAUACAUUUUCAAGAUGGCGUCGAUUUGUUGUUGAACGAACGAAAAAUAACUCUCUUUUCACGACUAAAGCAUACAGGAAAGCUAAAAGAACUAAACUGUUGGGAUCUUCGUAAAAUAAUUAUCCAUAUUGUAGACCUUUGACUUUGAUAGAAACGCCAGACAGUGCUCUCAGAAGAUGUUUAAAAAAUCGCAAGUUGUCAUGGAAAAAGAUGAAAACAACGGAUAAAGCUACUAACGAUUCGUAAAGUGUAAAAAAAGGACCGUUGCUUGGCGGAAUCAAAACACGACUAAUGUGCUGCGCGAAAUGGGUGAAAAUUUGCAUGUUGUCACACCCGAAUUAAAUAUCUUUUACCUCAAAUCUAACUCUUAUUUUGAGCGGGAAAAACAAAACUGACUCACGUUUUGUCGAAACAUGGCGAGUGACACGAUUCUUUAUACAAUCCUCCAGCAAUCAUCUUUAGAUAAAUACUACGAGAACUUUACCUCCCAAGGAAUUGAGAAUCCUGAAAGCUUGGUGGCACUGACCAUGCAAGACUAUCCGGCCUUUGGGAUAACCAGCAUGCAUGACAGAGAGAUGAUGUUUGCACUUAUACAACGAAUCAAGGAGAACAAGGCGACAACAAGGUCAUCUAGGACUCUGGAUCCAUUGCUAUCAGUAGGAUCCGAGGUUGCUGCAAAGAAACCAAGAGUUAGUACAAAUGAUAGCCCAGCUCUUGAAAAAGCAAAAAGCAAAACAUUUGUCAGAGAAAGCCAAAGCAAGCAGGAAAAAAGAAUCACACUCACUCCAAUCAAAAGCCAAGCUCCUGUUGGCUACAACUAUGGGGUUCCUUCAUCCAAACCCAAAUCCAAAGGGGCAGCAAAGCAGAUGUUUCAGGCCCCAAGUCAUGCAAGCCAUGAGUCUAGGAUCCGAGUGUGUGUGCGGAAGAGACCACUGAGCAGAGAUGAGAAGGAGAGUGGUGAGGAAGAUGUUGCUGCAGUGAAUGCUAGAGACUCCAUCGUAAUAAGUUCGCCCAAGGUAGCGGUUGACCUCAAGAAGUAUACUCAACAGUACCCAUUUAUGUUUGAUGAAGUGUUUGAUGAGCGGUACACAAACCGGGAGGUGUACGAGAGGACAGCUAAACCAAUGGUCAAUGCUAUCUUUUCAAGAGGUGUGAAGGCCACGUGCUUCGCGUAUGGGUGCACUGGUAGUGGUAAGACCCACACCAUGCUAGGCACAGAGGAUAUACCCGGACUGUACCUCCUAGCAGCAAGCGACAUCUUCACCGUGCUGCACUCAUCUCAUCAUGGCCACGGAAUUAGCAUGUGGAUAAGCUUCUAUGAAAUCUACUGUGGGCAACUGUUUGACCUUCUUAACGGAAGGGAAAAGUUGUUUGCACGUGAAAAUGCCACGCAUCAAGUGUGCAUCGCUGGUCUGACGCACAAACGAGUUGAGAACGUCGAACAACUUAUGGAGGUGAUCGAGUCUGGUGGGAACGCUCGCAGUACAGGCGCUACAGGCGUCAACGCCGACUCGUCCCGGUCCCACGCAAUCCUGCAGCUAGAACUCAAAGCCGACUCGUCAGGAGAGGGCAUAGGUCGAUUUUCCUUCAUCGAUCUCGCGGGAAGCGAGCGCGCGGUGGAUGUGACAGAUACGGAUAAGCAGACACGCAUGGAGGGCGCGGAGAUCAACCAGAGCCUUUUAGCGCUAAAGGAAUGCAUCAGAUCUCUGGACCAGGAGUCACGUCAUACGCCGUUCAGACAGAGCAAGCUCACCCAGGUGUUGAAGGACUCGUUUGUAGGCAAUACCAUGACUUGCAUGAUCGCUAACAUCUCGCCAAGCCUGUCAUCGUGCGAGAACACGCUGAACACCCUGCGAUACGCCGACAGGUAUUACUUAGGGCGUGUGUACAGGGUGAAGGAGCUGAAGAAAGAAGGAACACUCGCGACGCCUGCGAGACCCGUGACCGUGCACGGGACAGAUAGCAAGUCUUGGCCUGACUCAACUCAAGCUUCGGACACAGCAUCAUAUGGGAGCGACCUGGGAAAGGUGACCAGUCAGAACGCACGUCUUCAGAUGUCCAAGUCUCAAAACACGGCUCAUCUGCAAAAGGCGCUUAAACGCCUUAAGAUGGACGAGGCAGAGCUAACAGGGGGUAACGCCAGACCCCAUACUAUGGCCACACCCUCCCGAACAAGUGCUUCAGUUAGUUCGGGAAGUACAAAGACAGUCAGAUCAACUCGAGCCCCGGAGACUUCGAGUGAGGGUACCCAAGGUGUACCCAGAUUAGCAACCAAGCGAAUAACAAAUGUCCUUAAGGUGAAUGAGGAGGUACCAAGUGACGAGGAGGUACCAAGGGGUGUGUCUAGGGGUAGGGUCAACCCGAGCACAGCAGAAAGGAGAACCAAGUCGAGAUUCACAAACAGAGCAGGCAAAGCCGAGAACAUGGAACAUGUAAAUAUGGAACAGGUGUCAGAUGCUUCGCAAAACAAAACCCAAGAUAAACGUGACGUUAAGGGGCUUAAAGAACCCAACCAGGAAGUAUUAGAAGAUUCCACAGAAGUGUCCGGAAAUUCGGACGCUUCCCAAAGACGGUUUUAUGGUUACGAGGGGAAUGGCAAGGGUAGAAAGAAGGCUGGUGAAGUGAAGACUUCGCGUUUUGCUCAGCGAAGCCGUGACUAUCGCUCAGUUGGCAAUGUGAAUGCUCAAAGUAGCUUGUCUUCUCGUGGAUUUUCUAUUGGAGAUGAGGAAGUGUCCGGAAAGCCGGGAGGCGCUAAAAAGACUGAGAAACCUACAGGCGGAAGGGCUGUAAUAGGAGACAGUUGCACUUCCGGUAAUGAGGGUCGCGUUGUAGAUGAAGAAAAGCCGCCUCGUAAGCAGGCGCCUAUCGUCACGAGUAUUUCCUGUACUAAGUCCAUGGUAGUAGAGUCUAGAGGCGAACAACGCGGGUCUCAUCAGGAGAUGGGAGGAGAAGAGGGAGGGGAUCAAGAAGUCUCACCUAACAUGAAUAAUCGGUACAGCAAGCGGAUCAAAGCUCGUCUGGCGAGGCUGUUUAACGGGAAGACAGGUGAAGAGAGUCAUACCAUCACUGUGGACGAGUCUCCUGUUCGACCUACAAGACAUCUAGAGCCUAUUCCUGCCAGCAAGACAUCACCAUGUGCCAUCACUGAUGAGCAAGUAGUUGCUGCACACCACACCCACCUAGCAAUGGUGACAGGGCUAUGCCAUGAGGAGAUGGUGCUACUCAAACACAUAGACAAAGGGGAACAGGACUUUGUGGAGUACGUAGCCCAGUUGGAGGACAUCUUGAUACAAAAGCAAGCAUGUAUAGAUAAUUUACAAGAAAAACUGCUACGGUGGAAAUCAAGAUGCACCUGACAGUACAUGAGAGUGUAAGCCACGUCUCGAGACAGCUUGGCAAGAUGAACAGACAGUUUUCGCGAUGCUCCGCGCGCGUCCAAAAUGCCACAGACUGGCGGGCCACAGCUGAUCCGAAAUGAUGCGGACAAGGGGAAUUUGACUCUAGCGCCAAAACUCUGCAAAAGAAGCACUCUAGCAAAGCUUCUAUAGCUUCGUCUGUAAACUCCACUUUGUACGACAUUGUAGAUCAGCUGUUGCCCCCUGUCUGUGGCAUUUUGGAUUCGCGCGCAACAUCGUGAAAACGGUCUAUUAUUUAUCAGGACUGUGCAGUGAUACAGCUAUACUCUACAAGCUGCGUGGCACUACAGGAAUCAUGUGAUGAGUGCCCUCCUCUGAGUAAUGUGUUGUGAGUCUAUAUAGGUUAUGCCGAUCAUCUUGCCCUUUGAAGCUGAAGGAAAAUAGUAAAUCAACCGUCACAUUGUUAUGAUGUAGGCAGUACGGGACUUGCGCUAAGAGAUCACGUGAUUGUUUGGGUGGCAAACUCGCGUGCACUAAGGCAUUUAGCGACAAAAUAACAGCAACAGAAAGCAAUUUAUUUAGUGUUUACGAAUAAAGCCACAAUGUAUUAUUUUCAGAAAGGGUUUAUUUUCAUAAAAAAAAACAUUCCUUUUUUUCGUUGUUCUUCGCAGUCGGUGUUUAUUUUGGCUUGAAUUUAUCGCGUGAUCUCCUUACGCAUGUCCCCUAUUUGACGGCAUGCCAUCGGGCGGGGGGGAGGGGAGUGCAAAACUAAUAUAUUUCAUAAAAUACAAGCUUGUUUAGAUGGUUUUUUGAAAGCCUGGAAGCUAUGAGCAUCUAGAGAAUUUAUUUUAAAGAAUGUUGCUGUGGGUAUUCUAGAAUAACUGAUUAGCUCUUUUUUUAGUUUGUAUCAACAAAGGAUCUCUUAAGUUAUAACUUAUUUAUUAUAUAGGAGACAUUAUUGUCUCUAGUAUG